AUGCUUGACGUUACGCCAAAGCUUCAGUUACCGGCCUUGCUGUGCAGGCCCUCGAAGUCUGGCAUUAGUGACGAUUUUGGGGGAAGAGGGGGUUUGCUUUUCCCAUUCCCGUUCACAUUAAUUUCCAUAUCCGGAAAUGCGCUUUUGCUCAUCUCGACGAACCGAAUACUCGACCUCGCCUCGAGACUCAGACAUUCGAGUCUGGCCAGCCAGCGAAGACGACAUGACCGCACCAAACUAUGCUCGUGCAAAUGGGUCACAUGGUCAGUAGGGGUUUCGCAGCCAGACAAUGUGACCAUCGUCUUGAACUCACCGCCGAUGAAUGGCAUUUUUGAGCUCUUUGACUGGCGGCCAAUCCAAACUGAUUCUAUCCUUCGUGGAGUUGAGUUGUCCGAUUGA